AGUGAUACGGUGACAGUGAAGGGGCAGAUUGCUCCCACUAUGGCUCUGAUCGCUCUCUUCUUCCCCUUCAGGCUUGGGUUAGCUGCUGUACCUGAGAGGUCUGAAGUCAUAGAUGACCGCAUCCACAAGCCCAAAAAAUCUAGCAAGGGCAGAUCAAAAUCCAGGAAGCACUCUGAUGGAUCCACCUCGCAGGUCUACCAGCCGGCCACAGCCAUGUAUACUGACACUCGCUGCAUUCGUAGGAAGAAGCGUCCAGCUCGACAAGACCCCCUGUCUCGCCUAUCCGCUCUGAGGGAUGAGCUUUGCCACCGUUCGCUGUCUGACGACCGGGCUGCCAUACUGACCAGCACCGAGCCUGACGAUUCCAGCGGCCAUGCCACCCUUCUGUGA